CUAAUCUACCCUUCGACACAAGUCAAAGAACCAAACACAGCUCUACAAAAAUGUUCAAAUUGUUCGUUCUCGCCGCCUUCGUCGCCGUUGCUGCUGCUCGUCCAGGUCAUCUGGCGGCUGCACCACUCGUCUACAGCGCACCCACCGCCUAUGUCCAGGAGUCGACAUUGGCCAAGGUUGGCGCUGUGGUGAAGAGUGUGCCCACCGCUGUCUCCCAUCAGAGCGUUACCCAGGUGCACAGCACUCCAGUGGUUGAGGAUGUGGUUGCUCCCGUCGUGAAGACCACGUUGCAUGCCGCUGCUCCUGUUGCCACCUAUGCUGCCCAUGCUCCCGUUGUGUCCACCUACUCCGCUGUGGCACCCGCUGCCUACACCACCUAUGCUGCUGCCCAUGCUCCCGUUGCCUACUCUGCACCACUCGGCUACUCUGCCCCCGUGCUGCACCACGCACCACUGACAUACGCAGCCAGCGCCUGGUAAAGACGAGAACGAAAGAUUUUGAUGUCCGUUGUUGACUUGUGUCUCCUAUAUAAAAAAAAUUAAUAAAACUUCGAAUUUAAAUCAUGAAACCAA